UCUAUGUGUAGUACGUACACUGAUUUUUGUUUACUUCCUCGUUCGUGAUCUGUUGAGCAUUACGUUGUGCGAUUACACCAAGAACGCGUCAUUGCUAUCAUAACUACCGAGUAACUGCCUUAAAAGUUCUGUUCAGCUUGGAUUGUUCAUGUAUAACGAGUGAAAAUCUUAAUCUUGAUGUCACAAUGAACAGUAACAACUACUCAGAAUUAUAUACGUGGUUUGAGAAAUCUGGUAUCAUAUCCAACAUUAGAACGCAUCUCAGACAAAAUCUGGUAAGUGCUCUGAAACAUGAAAUACCCUUCCAGGAGGGCAAAGGAGACAUGAGGUCAGCAAAGCAGUAUGUUUAUGAUAUGUUGAUUGCUGAAUACUUACUCAGUUAUAAUUAUGCUUACACUUUGUCCGUAUUAACAAGCGAAGCACCGCUCCUAAUUAACUUAAAUCAACGAGUAGAACCUUGUACUUUUAAUCCUGGGAAAACUUGCAAAAACAAGCUACCCAAUGAUCAUGUCUACCACACACUCGAAACUUUGGGUAUAGACCCCGAUCGAUCAAAUGGGAAACAAAUUUUAUCAAAAUACAGCAAUAGUGAUAUACCACUGAUUCUUUGCAUUAUAACAUGCCUCACAUCUCAACUGAAAAGUACAACGGUGGAAAGAGAGGUAGAAAAAAAUUGUAUGCAAAAUCAAUACGUACAGACCGAUUGUUCAAGAUCACUUGAUACUCAAGAACAUGAUAUUGCAAAAGCAACAGAAAAACUUUAUCAACAAAAAUCAAUGUUCGAUACACAGUUGAAAAACAAGGAAUUAGAAUUAAAAAAACAAGCCUUAGCAAUCGAACGACAAUUAUCAUCAUUGAACGAGAAACUUCAUCAUGCACAGAAUUUAAUGCAAAUCGUUGAUGCAAAGGAAAACCACCUAGCUCAAACGAAAAUAGAAAAUGAACAAGUUAUAGCCGGUAAAAAAAUGGAAUUAUGUCUGAAAGAAAAAUUACUGUCCCAAGAAGCGGAUAGAUUGCAGAAAGAACGAGACAGUUACCAAAAACUUGAAGGAGAUACGAGAAAAUUGCAGAUUGAAGUGACCAAACUAAGGAAUCAACUUCCUACUACAUCAUGUGAUCUACAUAUGAUCAAACAAGAUGCCUGGGUACAGACGGAUUUGCACAAUAGUAAGAAUACUUCAGAUGACAUAUGUAUUUUAAGUGACGAAAAGCAAGAAUUGUUCAGUCUAAUUAAAGAACAACAGUCACGAAUAGAAGAACUGACUUUACGAGCCAUUACAUUGUCUAGACAAUUGGAGGAGGCACAAUUAUUGAAAUCGUCCAAAAUUGACAGUCUAUCCAAUAACAUGACCAGACACUUGAAUAUUAAUACUAUAGUUAGCGAAAGUAGUUCAACAGAAGACAUUUUGCAAGACGCAAAAAUGCGGCUUAAGCGGCUAGAACAAGAGAGUUUGAGAGCAGAUGAGUAUUUUUAUAAUUGUAUUGCCACUUCGCCAUAAUAAACUAUAAUUGCAAAUUGAAAGCCAUCA